CAUUUCCUUCCUGCAAUUAGAAGGGAAGGCUCUGGGAGUCCAGAUACGGUUGCGAAGUGUAAGGAAAAGGAGUUCCCUCCACAUUGCAAUCCUUCAAUCCAGGCUGGCCGCCUAAUUCCUGUUUCCGCUCCCAUUGUGGAGCCGAGAGUCAAGAUGCGAGGGCUGAUCUUCGCCUCGCUCGCCCUCUUGCCGCCUUUCUUGGGCCUCUGGGCCUCUGCCGAGCUCCCUCAGAGGGGCCACACUUGGUGUCAGGCAUCCGGGACCUGCUACAGCAUCCACCUAGGCCGCAUGAACUUUUACCAGGCUCAGAAUGCUUGCGCUCAGCACGGGGGAGGUUUGAGCACGGCCAGCGGCCGCACCGAAGUCGGGGUCAUCCUAGCUCUGCUGAAAGGACUUGCCAGCGAGACGGGCGGCUCUUUGUUUUGGCUGGGCCUGGUUAAGAAACCCCAGCAGUGCACCCUUCAAGAUCUGCCGCUCAGGGGGUUCUCCUGGGUCUCCCCGGGGCUUCACGAGCCGGGGGCGAACGGGACCACCACGCCGCCCAAUUGGCUCAGAGAACCGAGCAAGUCCUGUACUAUGCAGAGAUGCGCUGGGCUGCAAGUCAGCUUGGGCCAACCGCACCUGAAACCGUGGGGCCUGAAGGACCACGGAUGCACCAAGGCGAGCCCUGGUUAUAUCUGUAAAUACAGCUACGCGGGAACGUGCCCCACCCUCCACUCUGGAGCGCUGGGAAUGGUCUACAGGCUGCCUUUUCAACUUCAAAGCCCGGCCGCGGAAUUCAGCCCUCCCGGCACCGAGCUUACUAUAGGGUGCCCCGGGCGAGAGGCGCGUUUCACUUGCCGCCUGUCGCUGAACGGCUCCCAUUGGGAAGGCACCGAGCAGAACCUGUGCUCCUGUCCCAGCGGCUACUGGAGUCCGAGCAGCGGAGGCUGCGCGCUAUUUUCGGACUGUUUUAGUGCCCAAGGCGCGUUCCGUUGUUUAUGCGCUUGGAGAUCCCGCUUGGCGGCAGACGAAGAGAGUUGCGUCGCGCCAGCCAGAGAUGGCGCAACGACGGUGAAGCCCGCCGUUUCUACUCCGAGGGCUACGGGAACUUUCCCUCCGAAUAGCACUACCGGGCUUGGUCAAAAUAUAUCGUUUCUGGAAUCAUUUACUACUCCGAUCGACAACAGAACCACCAAGCAUUUGGCUUCUUCAAACGCCUCCAACUAUAUCUUCAUCCUGAUCACGGUGGUGGUGGUGAUUCUUCUGAUUAUGGUCAUGGCCUCGUUCCAGGUCUUCCAGGCAUGCUUCAAGAACUGCUCUUCCAACAGUUCCCAGCCUACAAAAGAUGGUGUUGUAGUUGUAGAAGGCGAUCCAGAAGCCUCUGUCACCCGCACCAACUCUGAACAUUCCCUGGGACCCAGCAAAGCAGAGUCCAUAGCUUCUCAGGAAGACUUUAAACCAGCCGAAUUGGGACAACUAUAAGGAGGCUGGAAAGAACAUUUGGAGAAGAAAUCUGGUGGGGGAUGAAAAGGAGAUAUUCUUUUGAAUACAAUAAAUAUUAGCAAAUGUUUACAGGUUAUAUAUGUAGAAAUAAAAGUUACAUUUUUUUGUUUGAAGGCAGUUAUGUUUUUGUUUGACACUAUUUGAUGAAUUAGAAUGAUUUCUUUUUUUGAGGUGCCCUUGACAACGUUGAUCAGAAAUCACUCCUCCCCACCAUCUUAUUCCCUAAAAUAGAAGAGUUAGAAGGAUAAGAAAUGGCAGUUCAUAUUUCUUGCAGUGAUCCAGCUAGAUAAUUGAAAAAUGAAGUGCUGCAAGUGACUGUGCUGUGUGAGGGCCACCACUUACUUGAUUGUAGAGUCUCUAUCUCUCCUCCCCCUUCCGUUACUGCAGCUGAGACCAGGCUGUAUGAAUAGUGUUGUGUUGCCUGGGGGAAAAUUCAGGGAGUCGCUGCUAAUUAUAUCUACUCUUGUUGAAUCUUGCAAAAAUUGGGACUGGGUGCACAGGCUCUGCUGUCGCUGCCAUAUUGUCUAUAGGGAGAAGAGAACAAGCUAGUAGAACUGAAUAUGGUUGUAAGAAAUUACUCCUGUAGGUGAUAAUAGGAGGAUAGGAGCAAAGGGUGGAAUGGAACUAUGGCUUCUGUACACUAUUACUUUUAUCAUUUAACUUUCUUAUUUUAAACCCUCAAAUAUAAUUCUGAUUUUUAAGGUAUUAAUGGCAAGACUUAAUCAGAAACCAAUUGAGUGUUGGAAGUGCCUUACAUCUCAUUCGAAUGUGCUGGGUAUCUAUCUAACACAGUAAUGAUAUAGCUGUUUUUUUGGAGAUGUGUCCCAUUGAAUCAAAGAGAACGUAUUCUAGAUAGACAUAUAGGAUGGCUCUCUUAAGUUCAUCUUAUUUUGAAUGUUUUGUUUCCUUGAGUUCUUACUUGAGUGUCUUGGGUAUUCUACUAUACAUGCAUGUCCAGAUCAAUUUGUCUGGCUGAAAAAGGGAUCUGAAAAAAUGCAGUUCUGUGGCUUCAUGGGCUCCUUUAAAGGAAGAAAUGUUGACCAGUGCUUAAUUUUUAUGAUAUAAAGUUUUGUGUUCCAACUUGCUUAAAUGGAAAUUCUCCAAAUAGACAGAGCAGUUUUCAAAUAUUUCUCAUUACUAGCAUACAUUAGUUCAAUGUUAUGAAAAGCAUUGCACAUCACUGGUUUCAAAUAUGUCACUAUUUAAUAGAUGGCUUAAAUGAUCAUUUUAAUUUCUUCCAUCUCACUUUUCUAAUGAAUUGAACUUGAUAAUUCAACUAUUUUCUAGAUGUCUUGCUCCUUAGAUGUGUCAGGUAAUAACCAGGAAGAGAUCCUUGGCAUCUAACUCAUUCCUUGGUUGAAUUUUGAAUUCUUUUUCCAAAAUGGAGAAAGAUAUUUUCUUUUUUCCACUUCUUAGUAAAUAUUUUAUCUGUGAAUUGACUGUGAUGCUGCAUUCAUCACUUGCUUUUCAUUAUAUGAAUAUGAUAUAGUUCUGGAUUUUAUAUAACUAACUUUUUUUAGUGAUGAAUUUAAUGUGAGACACUUUAGAAAAUUCAGGAAAUUCAAGGAAAAGGUAGGAUAUACAUUUAUAAAUUUAUUACUAUAACUGGAACACCAACAAUUGAAGGAGAUUUGGAGAUUUGGUGCCUUACUCCUUCACUGUAAAAUAUCAUGGAGAGGUCAGUUUGAAAAUAAACCCAGUAAGGUCAGGAACAAAGAGACACUAUUUAAAAGAAAUGUUGAGCAUCUUUUAGCAGUUUUAUUUCAAAUGGAGAAGUAGAAAGGUCAAACUCUCUUGUUCUGCUUUUAUUAAGAACACCUAAAAUUGAGCAUUUCAACCAGAUAACAUUUUAAAGUCUGUGAACCAGUAUUCAAAAACUUCAUAUACAGACCUAUAAUUGGAAGCAGCUAAUUUUAUUCAGAAAAGACUGGAGGUCCAGUGAUCCAAAUUGCCAUGAAUUGAGUAUAAGACAACCUAAUAAUCAGAUUAUCAUAGGAUAGGAUUAUCAUUAUAAAUCUGAAAGUGGAUAUCAGAUAUAUUGUGGGCAGAAAUAUACCUGUAGGAUAUGAAUGCUUUCAUUUGGAAUGUGCCAGAACACAUGUUGUGAGGGUUAGAAUAAAUGUUCUUUGCUAUUGAAUAAACGGGCAGGCAGGUCCAUGUAGGAAUAGUUUAGCAGGGGCAGAGAAAUUAAAGCCUAUGGGAAUACUAGAUCUUAUUUUUCUCCUCCGUAUUUUUUUCCCCAUUCUGCCUGCUUUUUCUUCUGGAGCUCCAGAUACACUUUUGCGUCUUAAAUAUGGACCUAGAGUAUUUUAGUUGAUUUAGUAACUAAAACCUAUCAUUGCAGUCCAAUUGAUUUAUGAUUCAGAUACAUGGGGAUUACUGAGAAAAGAUACAAAUGUUUCACAUAUAAAAUGUUCAUAUAUUUAUCUUUAAUAUAAAUUCCUGAAGGAUAUGUACUGAUUAUGCUAAGUUUUUAAGAUCAGAAGGCCAUGGAAAAAACAAAGAUUUUCUACUGGGAAAAUAAGUGUUUUGGUUUUCCACAGCAAAUAAAAUGCUUAGUGACUAAGAUUGAACUAUACUUGCAAUUUUGACCCAGGAACAGUUUUGAAUAUUCUUAAACAAUAUACUGCUAACUGGAGAAAACUCAAAAUACGGAUGCAUUUUGCUUAUGGAAUCAUUGUGUCACUUAUCCAGUGUGGUUUGUGAAGAUUCCGUCUUGCCUGACAACUAGAAAAUGUUGUUAUUGUUUCAUUAUACAAAGAAAAAGAGAGCAAUUAUGAAAAUAAAGACUAUUAUAUGGAGAAAUUAGUAAAUUUGUUUUUGAUAAAAUGUCUUAGCGUGAGAAAGUUUACUGCAUGUUUGUUGAUUUAGAAAAACUAUAUGAUAAAAUGAAUAUAAUGGAAUUCAGAAAUGGUUUGCAUGAAUAGGGAGUUAAAAUUGUUGAUGGAUGCUGAAUGUGACAUAUUGUAUGAUGGAAGUAAAACAUGCACAAUAAUAAAGGCAUCUUAAUAAUUCAACAUUGAACAGAGCGUAAGACAAGGAUGUCUUAUUUCCCCUUGGUGGUUAUAAUUCCUUAAUGUAUAAGGAAUACUUGUCAUGAUAUUAGAGGUCUGUUGGCUAGGCAUGUGAAUAAUUGUGUACUUUUGUGUCCAAACAAUGUUGAAUCUUGGCUGAAAACCUGAAUGCUUUUGCAAUGAAUGUUAGAUAUAUUGCCUGAUAUGUCAAGGACUAUGGAUCUGAAAAUUAAGAUAACAAAGCCCAAGAUAAUUGUA